GCACUUGUCGUGGACCUUUUAAAGCCUCAGUCGCACGUCUAUUUGGAAAAAUUAAAAACUCCUUCCUGUCGCUCUUCUGUCACAACUGACCUUGUGAACACUAUCCCCACCGAUCAUAUGAAUUCUAUCAGCUCUGAACACAACCGGUGUGACGAGGAGCGGCCGGAGGACUCGGUCUUGGAUCUCAAAAAUGUCCCAGUGCUGACGCCAGAACAGGAGAAGAAACUGUGGAGAAAGAUUGACCUGCGGAUAAUGCCUAUCCUCAGUCUGAUGUAUCUCCUGGCUUUCCUUGACAGAGGUAACAUCGGUAACGCGAUGUUGGAGGGGCUCAUCACUCAACUGGACCUCACGGGAGAGAAGAUCAACGUUGCAUUGUCAUAUUGCAUGUUUGAAUGUCCCUCCAACCUGGUUCUUAAAGCGAUCAGGCCAUCCAGGCAAGUAUUGGGCAGUUUUCGCCAAUUUUUUGACUUAAUAUUGACCUUACACUUCAGGUACCCUCAGUUUGUUGGAGUGCGAAUCUUGCUUGGUAUCUCUGAGGCAGGGUUGUUCCCUGGUGUGGUUUAUUACCUUACUUUUUGGUAUCCGAGACACAUGUUACAAUAUCGAAUUGGCUUGUUUUUUGGUGCUGCAACGGUUGCAGGUGCUUUCUCUGGUUUACUAGCCUUUGGGAUUGGUUAUAUGGGUGGUAUGGGGGGACUCGAAGCAUGGUCUUGGAUCUUCCUGAUUGAAGGCCUUGCAACGAUAGUUGUAGCCAUCAUUUCUGUCUUUGGCAAGUGCAGCACGCAUCUAUCACACAGAGGACUGACAUAUAUAUAUUGUUGUUCAGCGCUGGUCGACUUUCCGGAAACAGCUAAGUUCUUGACCCCGGAAGAGCGUGCCUUUGUUCUCUGGAAGAAAGAAUACGAUAAUUCAUCAGUCGGCGAGGAAAAGCAGUUUUUCACAAGGCAUGUCUGGGCGGCUUUCAAAGACUGGCAGAUCUGGCUUCAUAUCUUCGUUUACAUGUCAAUCGUGGGCCCUCUGUAUGGCAUCACCCUGUUUCUCCCCUUUGGAUAUAACACGCCAGUCAGCCAGUUGCUCACCGUGCCACCAUAUGUUGCCGGAACUGUCACAUUGCUCGCUUUUGCGCACUACUCGGACAAGCUGAAAAUGCGAUCCCCUUUCAUUCUUGCCGGCCUUACAAUGUGCCUCAUCGGCUAUUCGAUAAACAUAUCCGCCGCACCCAAUGGUGUCAAGUAUUUUGGGACUUACGUCAUUGUCAUGGGAAGCUAUGCAUCGUUGCCUGGUGUCAUUUCUUGGCUCGGAAACAAUCUUUCCGGUCAGUACAAGAGGGGUAUUGGCAUGGCCCUUGAAAUGUCCAUCGGAAACCUCAGUGCUAUAGUUGCAGCCACCAUCUAUAGAUCGCAAGACGCACCUCGGUUCAUAUUUGGGCAUGCAUUUGAACUCAUGUUUGUCGGGAUCGGAUUCACCUUUUUGCCGAUUUUGGUGUUCACAUACAGGAGGAUCAACGCCAAGCGUGACGCUGCCGAACGCCUCGCGAGAGAAGGGGAGAAAGUGCAAUAUUCCCACCAGGAAUUGCGGGAGUUAGGAGAUCGUGCGCCUGACUUCAGAUACACAUUAUAA